GGCGGCUGCUCCCUGGGGCCCUAACUCGGCGUCUAGUGCCCACCCGGCCAGUGCAGGUUGUUGGAGACGCGUUUAAUAGGGUCUCGAAACAGCCCGGAAAUACAGCUUUUUGCCGCGCGGGGCUAGACUGGUGGGAUUUGUCCAGCAAUAUGGAGCCGGCUCGGGAGAGGAAGAGCUUGCAAGCCGCCUCUGAAAGAUCGUGGGGGAAUUGUCUGGAAACCACAGUUCUGACACUCACUUCCCAAGGACAGAAACUGCCCUGCAAAUCACAAGACAAAGAGAACAGAAAAGCUCAGGCCAACCACUUCAGUCCAGAAAUGUACUUUGGUAACCAGAAUUGGAGUAUGAAAUGUACGGAUGUAAAGCUCGCAUGUGGAGUGCAACAGUAAAAUCAGACGACAGAUGGAUAGUGUGACAAGAGUGUCAGAAAGGAUUGGGCCUCACUGUGAGAGUCAGCCUGGAGUCAAAGUGUUGACAAGUUGCUGAAAAGGAAGCCAGUGGGAGGACUGUGGCCUGCAGAGGAAGUGGAGCCCUGUCUUCAGUCACACCAUUGAUGAAGGACAGAUGGACAGCCAAUGGCCAAUCACCUCUCUUCUUAAGCCUUUGGAGAGUUGUCCUUUGUCCUCUGCUGGACACGUAUUAGGAAUCUUAACAUACUCUCUGAAUUCACUUUCCAUAGAAACGUAAAAUUAGACUUCAGUGUGUUACCAGACUCAUCUGUUGCAUGGUCACAGAUUUGCAAACAUGAGUGCCGAGGGGUACCAGUAUAGAGCACUGUAUGAUUAUAAAAAGGAACGAGAAGAAGAUAUUGACUUGCACUUGGGUGACAUAUUGACUGUGAAUAAAGGGUCCUUAGUAGCUCUUGGAUUCAGUGAUGGACAGGAAGCCAGGCCUGAAGAAAUUGGCUGGUUAAAUGGCUAUAAUGAAACCACGGGGGAGAGAGGGGACUUUCCAGGAACUUAUGUAGAAUAUAUUGGAAGGAAAAAAAUCUCGCCUCCGACCCCAAAGCCCCGGCCACCUCGACCGCUUCCUGUUGCCCCAGGUUCUUCAAAAACUGAAGCAGAAAGUGAGCAACAAGCUUUGACCCUUCCGGAUCUCGCAGAGCAGUUUGCCCCUCCUGACGCUGCUCCACCUCUGCUCAUCAAGCUUGUGGAAGCCAUUGAAAAGAAAGGUCUGGAAUGUUCAACUCUAUACAGAACACAGAGCUCCAGCAGCCCAGCAGAAUUACGACAGCUUCUUGAUUGUGAUGCCGCCUCCGUGGACUUGGAAACAAUCGAUGUUCAAGUUUUAGCAGACGCUUUCAAACGCUAUCUCCUGGACUUACCAAACCCUGUCAUUCCAGUAGCUGUUUACAAUGAAAUGAUUUCUUUAGCCCAAGAAGUACAAAGCUCCGAAGACUAUAUCCAGCUGUUGAAGAAGCUCAUUAGGUCACCUAACAUACCUCAUCAGUAUUGGCUUACACUUCAGUAUUUGCUAAAACAUUUCUUCAAGCUCUCCCAAACCUCCAGCAAAAAUCUUUUGACUGCAAGAGUCCUCUCCGAACUUUUCAGCCCUCUGCUUUUCAGGUUCCCAGCAGCCAGCUCCGAGAAUACUGAACACCUCAUAAAAAUUAUAGAAAUUUUAAUCUCAACGGAAUGGAGUGAACGACAGCCUGCACCAGCACUGCCUCCUAAACCACCAAAACCCACUACUGUAGCCAACAACGGUAUGAAUAACAAUAUGUCCUUACAAGAUGCUGAAUGGUACUGGGGAGAUAUCUCGAGGGAAGAAGUAAAUGAAAAACUUCGAGAUACAGCUGAUGGGACCUUUUUGGUACGAGACGCAUCUACUAAAAUGCAUGGUGAUUAUACUCUUACACUAAGGAAAGGAGGAAAUAACAAAUUAAUCAAAAUAUUUCACCGAGAUGGGAAAUAUGGCUUCUCUGACCCAUUAACCUUCAACUCUGUGGUUGAAUUAAUAAACCACUACCGGAAUGAGUCUCUAGCUCAGUACAAUCCCAAGCUGGAUGUGAAAUUACUUUAUCCAGUGUCCAAAUACCAACAGGAUCAAGUUGUUAAAGAAGAUAAUAUUGAAGCUGUAGGAAAAAAGUUACAUGAAUAUAACACUCAAUUUCAAGAAAAAAGUCGGGAAUAUGAUAGAUUAUAUGAGGAUUAUACCCGUACUUCCCAGGAAAUCCAGAUGAAAAGAACGGCUAUUGAAGCAUUUAAUGAAACCAUAAAAAUAUUUGAAGAACAGUGCCAAACCCAGGAGCGGUACAGCAAAGAGUACAUAGAAAAGUUUAAACGUGAAGGCAACGAGAAAGAAAUACAAAGGAUUAUGCAUAAUUAUGAAAAGUUAAAGUCUCGAAUCAGUGAAAUUGUUGACAGUAGGAGAAGACUGGAGGAAGACUUGAAAAAGCAGGCAGCUGAGUAUCGGGAGAUUGACAAACGCAUGAACAGCAUCAAACCGGACCUCAUUCAGCUGAGAAAGACACGAGACCAAUACUUGAUGUGGUUGACUCAGAAAGGAGUUCGGCAGAAGAAGUUGAACGAGUGGCUGGGCAAUGAAAACACUGAAGACCAAUAUUCACUGGUGGAAGACGAUGAGGAUUUGCCCCACCAUGAUGAGAAGACAUGGAACGUCGGAAGCAGCAACCGAAACAAAGCUGAAAACCUACUGCGAGGGAAGCGAGAUGGCACAUUUCUUGUCCGGGAAAGCAGUAAGCAAGGCUGCUACGCCUGCUCUGUGGUGGUGGACGGCGAGGUAAAGCACUGUGUCAUAAACAAAACGGCGACCGGCUACGGCUUUGCCGAGCCCUAUAACCUGUACAGCUCUCUGAAGGAACUGGUGCUACAUUACCAACACACCUCCCUCGUGCAGCACAACGACUCCCUCAACGUCACACUAGCCUACCCGGUGUACGCACAGCAGAGGCGAUGAAGCACGGGCCCCACGCCUCCUCCUGAAGUUCAGCCACCCCGAGGCCUCCGGGAAGCACAGGGCUCCUCUCCAGCCUGACCUGAGAACUGAGCUGUGGAAACGAAGCCGUCUGCCUUCAGAUGGGACUCGAGCCUUUGACAAAAAAAGCAGUGGGGGAAGACACGCAGCCCAGCGCUGUGCGAUGAUGACCAGACAUUUCAAAUCUGGAGUGCUUAUCCUUCCUUCCCUCUUUUUUUUUUUCUGGUUUAAUUUAAAACCACCAGAACACACAACACAAAGAGAAAAAGAAAUGCAAAAAUCUCUGCGUGCAGGGACAAAGAGGCCUUUAACUAUGGUGCUCGUCAAUGCUUUCUGAAGCUUUACCAGCUCAAAGCUGGGACCAGAGGAUGUAUGGGGCUUGAAGAGGCCCAGCCUGGGGACGCUCAGCCCAGCCUGGUUUAGCCGUGCCCGCUGGACCCAGACACUUAGCACUGUGGAUUACUUCAUUUUCUAACAAAUGAACAAUAUGUAGCAGAAAGGCACUUCCUCACAAGGAACACUUUGGGAGAACGUUGGCUCACGUACGUUCAGAGGAAAUUCUAUUGUAGCCAAGUGCCACAGUGUUUUGUUUUGUUUAAACUUCUCAAGAAACAAAAAAUCCAACGGAAAAGCGGAACUUGGAAAACGGGACUUAAAAUGACAUUCAAUAUAUAAAAUAUGUACAUAACAUUGGAUGACUAACUAUCAAAUAGAUGGAUUUGUAUCAAUACCAAAUAGCUUCUGUUUUGUUUUGCUGAAGGCUAAAUUCACAGCGCUAUGCAAUUCUUAAUUUUCAUUAAGUUGUUAUCUCAGUUUUAAAUGUAACUUCAGAAUAAGCUUCCCUUGCCCCAAUUUUUGUUGCUUGAAAAUACUGUCGUCUCUGAUUUUUGUGUUAAUAUUCAUUUUGUUAUUCUUUUACUUUUUUUAAAAGAAAUGUACAGGAUGCCAGUUUUUAAAAAAGGCUUCAGAAUUAAAACUAUGAAAUAUUUUACAGUUUUUCUUGUACAGAGUACUUGGCUGUUAGCCCAAGGUUAAAAAGUUCAUAACAGAUUUUUUGGACUAAAUGUUUUGUUGGGCAGUGCCUGAUAAGCUUCAAAGCUGCUUUAUUCAAUAAAAAAAAAAAAAAAGAUAUAUGAAUAUGACAAAGUAUUACUGAGUUCAACGAUGUUGUUUCAAGACUCUUCAAAUACGGUACCUGGCAAUGUUUGUUUCAUAAAGAAUUGUGAACUUCUUGAAUCUAGGGAGUGGGGGAUGUAGCAAAGGGAUGUACAGGUGGGGUGGCACGGUGGUAUGCACUUUCUCUUUUUCAUGAUUAGAGAAGUAAAUAACUUCGCUGCAAAGUGAAGUUGCUUCUACUUCAGUCUUUUCUUACUGUGAUCUGCUAGUUAUCAAUUAUGACAAUUACAAAUUUACUAGGACUCUAACACAGUGCAGCUGGUCAGAUAUUUUCAGUUCUUAGGAAGGAAGCCAGGCUCCAGGAACAGUGUUCCACCUUUGUUUGGAACAUUGAUUUCAAGGUAUAGUUGCUACAGUUAGAAAGUAUGUCUCUUUUUAACAUUAGACUACCAUUACAAACAACAUUCAUUGUAGAGCAAGCAUGAUCUGAAAAAUAUUUUUAUCUGGAUAUUUGUUAUUUCCCUAGCUUUCUAUUCACUUUAGAUCAGAAAGCAAAUAGGUAUGAUUGUAACUUACUGCUCUGGGCUGUGUGGAGCUCAUUAAAGCCAUGGCCAUUUCAGGGAUCAUCUUGACAGUCCUCAUUCAUCCAAAUAAUUGUAUGUGUUAUACUUCACUGUGGGGAAAAGGAAGGGGUUGUUAGAGUCACCUUUCCAAUUUAAGGCAAGAGUGAGAGAGCUCCCUGAUUCACAUAUGCAAAAAGCCGUUCUGUUCGGGAGAAAUUGUACAUGUAUUGGGAGGAAUAAAGGAUAAUUAUAAUCGUGGGCACUACGCUGGUAGAUUAAAAUAGAAUGUUACAAUUUGUUUUCUUUUCUCAACGUUAGAUUCACCCACAGCUUUAUUUCUCUUCCCUUCAAAUACUAGAGUGAGGGGUUUUGUUAAUGUUGUUCCUUUUAAAAUUCUUUUGGAAGAAUUCAUCUAGCAGCUGACUUAACUGUAGAAUGUAUUUUUUUCCCUCUUUACAUGAAGCUAGCAAUAGUCAGUCUUAUAGCCAGACUGUCAGCCCUCAAACUUGACUACACUGAUCUGACCAUCUCCCUCUCAUCUCCAGACAAUUGAUAAUCUCGCUGGUUUGGGUCUGUGAGUGUCUGGUUUAAAACUAUCUUUCCAUGUCGCAUAGUAGUUUAUAAACUAGGACUAUUUUUUUUUUUUUUUUGGUAGCACAUCCAUGUAUGCUAUUAAGUAUAAAUUUUCAUUUAAUUUCUAAAAUAUAAGAUCUGAGAUGGAAUGUUUCAUUAACAGUGUUUUUGCUUCAACACUUUGCAAGAUGACAUGGUAGUGGGCACCUGCCUUAUUUUUGCACCUCAAGCAUAAACACUAGAUCUUUGAAGUGCAAGGGCAAGAUUCCUCGUUCCAUAUCCGAGGGAGUGACACCACACCUCUGAUGUCACACCUCUGCCAAAUGCCUUCUUGACUGUGUGUCGCGUGCCCACCACACAUGUCCUCCUAGGUGUUUGACCGGCAGGGCUCCAUGGGUUCAUUCAGAUGGUCAUCUAACAACACUGUCUCAGUGGCUCAAGAAUAGGAAUGGACACAGCAGAGGCACUCUGAUACACGCUCUUGUCCAUGCAUUGAUUUUCCCCACCCCACGUAGCAUCCUAAAAGCCAGAAGCUAAGCUGCAGAGAGGUUGUGACAAGGCUAGAGAAGUGGGAGUAUUGGGACCUGAUAUUAGAAAGAACAAUUAUAACCUGAUAUUAGACGGAAAAGUUAUAACGUGAAAAAGCAUGUGUUUGCAACAUCUGACAACUUCACGGCCCUGGAUAUAUGUAUAUAUGUAUAUGUGCAUGGACUGUGUUUCCAGUACACCUUUCAGCCAGAACAGAUCCAGUCAUUGAAUUCAAGUAUAUAACAAGCAAAUGUGUAGUACAGUUCUUGUAUAUGCGUAUGGGUUGUUUUUUUUCCCUCUGAAAUUGCUUUGUUUUGUCUUAUAAAGGUGAAAAUUGUUUGCAAGUGAAGUGAGAAGUUCAUAAUUCUUUGGCUUUUUCUGUUUUUAAAAGUUACUACUUUUGAGAAGCUGGUCUAGAUGACUUGCUUAACUUGGAAAUCCUCGUUUUCAAUGUGUCACGUCAAAAUGUGUUUAUGUGAGCUGUCACUGUAGGGGAUCAAUUGCUUUGUCAUAUAGCUGGUUAUGAACUAGUAAUGUGUUUGAGAAGUCCUACUGAUGUUCCUUAUUGGGAGAAAAAUUCUGCUGGUUUUAACAACUGUGCUUUUGCUAUGCAUGGUAUCCAAGUCAGUUGGAAAGCAGACCCUGAAAUUUGAGUUCAGGGUCAUUUAAGAAAGGGGCAGUUUAAAGCACAAUGCCUCACAUGGGACAAAGUUCUAAAAUGCCAAAUUCUUAUUUUUAAAAAAUCUAGUUAUAUAAAAUACUGGUAUUAUGAGUAAGGAAGGAAGAUAAUUCGGUUCAUUGGAAACACUGUCCAACUUAACAUUAAACUUGUCACCAUGAGAUAGCAUUAGCUGCCCAGGAUGCUGCUAUUAAAACACACACACACACACACACACACACACACACACACACACAAAACUCAUUUAUAUGUGUGUAUUUUUUAAAGCUACGACCUGUUCAAUGUUUUUACAAAUCUGUUUAUAUGACAUUGUUAAAAUAAAGUUGGUCUUUUGACGAGAGGGAGGAUGUGAUGGUCAGUUGUAAUUUUGCCUUUACAAGGCAACUGGGCGGCGGGUGGGGGGGAGUGUGCCUCCUUGACAUUUGGUUCAAGCUAUAGAUUUCAUGGAGCUAUGUCUUGUUUUAAGUUGCUUUAAUGCAUUGUAUUAGGUCUUCAAAGAGAAUAAAGGUUGUUUUGAAACUUAA